AUGUCUAAUGAUGCUAUGAUGGACAUCAUAAAGGACUCUUUCCCAUAUGGUUCUCUACUUUUGGAUGGUGAGUUCUUACAUAUGCGUUGCUGUGCUCAUAUACUUAAUCUAAUUGUUCAAGAUGGAUUAAAUGCUGUAGUGUAUGAUGGAGUUAAUCGAAUAAGGGAAAGUGUUGUGUUCUGGACUGGUUCUGAUAAGAGAGUGCAAAAGUUUGAAGGUGUAGCUAAUCAAUUAGCCUCCGGUUACAAAAGGAAAUUAACCCUUGAUUGUAAAAUUCGUUGGAAUUCAACAUAUGAAAUGCUUUGUGUUGCUAUUAAUUAUAAGGAAGUGUUUGCUGUUUUAAGUGGUCGAGAUAAACUAUACAAAAACCCACCAACUCCUGAAGAUUGA